AUGGGUUGGAUGGAGAAUGCGAACCACAAGAUUGCAGCCAGCGCUGUUGGUCGUUGGUUCCAACUUGAUGGUUCAGGUCAUCCUCGUGAGCGCAAAGGCUCCCUGUUCUUCACCGAGAUCCGGGCUGGCCUCGCCACGUUCUUUGCCAUGGCGUAUAUCAUUGCUGUAAACUCCUCAAUUGUUUCCGAGUCUGGCGGUACCUGCGUUUGCCCUGCUUAUAAGGACGGCGCUUGUGUUCCAGAUGAUGCUUAUCAACUUUGUGUUGCCGAGGUCAAGCGCGACGCUGUUACUGCGACUGCUGCCAUUUCUGCCCUGGCUACAUUCUUCAUGGGUCUCUUCGCCAAUCUGCCUGUCGGUCUCGCUCCUGGAAUGGGCUUGAAUGCGUAUUUCACCUAUACUGUCGUCGGUCCCGGUGGCUCUGGUCCUGUCCCCUAUGAGCUUGCUCUUACAGCUAUUUUCAUCGAAGGCUUCAUCUUCUUUGGUCUUGCCCUCUUCGGCAUGCGUCAAUGGCUGGCUCGUGCCAUUCCUCGUUGUAUCAAGCUCGCCACCAGCGUCGGUAUUGGCCUCUUCUUGACUCUUAUUGGUCUUACCUAUAGCGAGGGUAUCGGCCUCAUUGUUGGCAGUACUUCUACUCCUCUGGAACUGGCAGGCUGCGAAGCUAGCUACCGAGAUCCCGCUACGGGUCUGUGCCCUUCUUCCCAGAAGAUGAGAAAUCCCUCCAUGUGGAUUGGUAUCUUCUGCGGUGGUAUCCUCACCGUGUUGCUCAUGAUGUACCGGGUCAAGGGUGCUGUUAUCGCUGGAAUCUUGCUUGUCAGUAUCAUCUCUUGGCCACGAGGCACCGAUGUCACAUACUUCCCCUACGACACUCUUGGCGACGACCGAUUCGACUUUUUCAAGAAGGUGGUCGACUUCCAUCAGAUCAAGCGCACGCUCAAUGUUCUCCAAUUCGACAUUUCCGGCCACAGUGGCCAGUUUGGUUUGGCUCUUAUUACCUUCUUGUAUGUUGACAUCCUUGACUGCACUGGUACGCUGUAUGGUAUGGCACGCUUCGCCGACCUUGUCGAUCCGGUCACCCAAGAUUUUGAAGGCUCCUCGAUUGCAUACAUGGUGGAUGCUCUCAGCAUUUCCAUCGGCGCUGUUCUUGGUGUGCCUCCCGUCACUGCUUUUGUAGAGUCUGGUGCUGGUAUUUCCGAAGGUGGCAAGACUGGUAUUACCGCCAUGGUUGCCGGAAUUUGCUUCUUCAUCUCCAUCUUCUUCGCCCCUAUUUUUGCGUCCAUCCCACCGUGGGCCACUGGAUGCGUUCUGAUUCUUGUCGGUUCUAUGAUGGUUGGCGCUGUGACUGAGAUCAACUGGAAGUACAUGGGAGAUGCUGUACCGGCUUUCCUUACCAUUGCCAUCAUGCCUUUUGCAUACUCCAUUGCCGAUGGUCUGAUUGCUGGUAUUUGCACCUACAUGGUUCUCAACACUGUCGUCUUGCUUGUCAAGGUUAUCUCUGGAGGUCGUAUCGUGCCCCCCAACUACGAAGAGAGAGAUGGCUGGACCUGGCGCAUUCCCGGUGGUUUCUUGCCUCCUUGGAUGAACCGACUAGCCCAUGGCAAGAAGGACUUUUGGCGUGAGGACAACCCACCUCACAACACCAACAACGAGACAGUCGUCAGCGAUACAGCCGCUCCUAAAGAGAACGGUUCUGAUCAUGGCGGGUCCGAGGGUGGCAAGGUGGCAGAAACUACUCUUCCCCGCGAGAAAGAGACUUAG